UUUUUUCUCCCAUAUAACUCAGUUUGCAUGCAGCUAUAUAUAUAUAUAUAUAUAUUUCUCUUGUAGUUGGAAAUUGAUCAUUCACUAAUGCAUUAGCACCACUUUUUGAAGUUGGUGUUUAUGGAAAUGAGUAAGAGAGUCGAAGCAGUUCUUGAACUCAUCAGGAAACAAACCCCGCUCACUCUUAAACAGGAGAAGUAUUGCAACUAUGCUUGUGUGGAACGAUUUCUGAAAGCAAAGGGGGAUAAUGUGAAACGCGCUGCCAAGCAACUCAGGGCAUGCCUUUGUUGGAGAGAGAGUAUAGGCAUUGAGCAUUUGGUGGCAGAUGAGUUCUCAGCUGAACUCACUGAUGGGUUGGCGUACGUGGCUGGUCAUGACAAUGAAUUCAGACCCGUAAUGAUUUUCCGGAUGAAGCAAGAGUACCACAAGUUUCAUUCCCAGAAGAUGUUCACUCGUUUGUUGGUGUUCACAAUGGAGGUGGCCGUUUCGACCAUGCCAAAAUACGUACAACAAUUUGUCAUGCUUUUCGACGCAAGCUUUUACAGAUCUGCAUCUGCUUUUAUGAACUUCCUAUUGGCAGCACUGAAAAUAACGGGGGAGUACUACCCUGGCCGCCUACAUAAAGCGCUUAUCAUAGACCCUCCCUCGCUCUUCCCUUACCUGUGGAAGGGUGUGGGGGCAUUCGUGGAGCUAUCAGCAUUAACAACAGUGGCGUCAUCGUUGGAUAUCGAAGAUGAUGAUGAAUCGGCAGAAUCGAGAGGAAUAAGGGGGAAACCAGGUUCAUGCUCCUCUUCGCGCUUCGCCUUCACUGUGUCGCAUCACGUUGACUCGCUCAAGCCCUGGUACCUGAGCCUGUCGGACACGUCAGCACCGAGCCUGCCGCCUCCGCCGCAUCGGACUCCGCAGGCGUCGUUUCUACGAUCGCCGGCGGGAAUGUUGUUGUUCCGGCGCGGAGAGAGGUCCCGGUGCCGGGAAUCGUUGUUGGCGUAUUGGAAGCUUUACCGAAGGCCAUACGAUGAAAGGGUUUACAGGUCAAAGAUGCGGCCCCCACUCAUCGUUAAACGACGCCACCUUUCACUUUCUCAGCGUUUCUGAACCUAAUCACUCCCAUCUUCUUUUCUUUCCCUAUAAUAUCAAAAGUACAUUCACCACUACUGUAUUUUCUGCAAGUCUUUUAUGACUACAAGAGUGCUCUCUACGUUUUGUGCGCUGAAAUGGAGUAUGUUGUUCUAUUACCGUGACCAAAUAAUUGCAUCUUAAACAGACGUUUUGUACUUGGCAACAUGCAAAGAAAUAUCAUAUUACUUGUUCUGUCA